AUGUACUCAUUUGGGGAAACCAACAAAAACAAUGAAUCCACGAAGGAAAUGCAUUACGGAAGCAAUGAUCAAAGCGUGGAUGACACAUGCGAACACUUCUUGAAGUUUUUAUUUGUCAAAAUUGAGGCGAUCCAGCACAAUAUCGUGAAGUUUGCAAACAAUGAAUAUGUCAAAGCUUUUGCUAUUGUUUUUCUUGUCAUAGUGUUCUUUUUCAUGAUUUGUUUAUGUUCCACUAUUUUCACUUAUAAACUUUUUGAGUACUUUCAUUGA